UUUCGCUUGCAUUAUGCCUAAGUAAAAGAAGAAUUAAGAAAAAUCAUUUUUAUCGUGACACUAGCGAACGGUGCGUCCAGCGGACACAUUUAGAGAGCAUACGUAGUGGUUCUAAUUAGCUGAAGUAUAAUUUUGUUGUGUUGAUUGCAACAAUGUCCAGUUCUAAUAAAUGGAAUAAUCUUUCAUCAUCGCAACGUCUGGAGUUCUUAGUAAAUCCAGCGAAUGUUACUGAUUGUAUUUUUAUAGUUGGAAAACAUCCAGAUGAAAUACGCCACUUCCAAUUACAUAAGAAGGUGCUAUCAGAAUGCUCCGAGGUUUUUAGUUCAAUGUUCUUUGGGGGGUCUUUGGAAUCAAAAGAUAACUGUGAAGUCUUCUUGGAUGAUGCCAAACCUACUGCAUUUCAAUACUUUAUCAAUUACAUUUAUUUUCAAAUUUUAUAUGAUACAAUUUCUUUAAGUGAUCUAUUCCAUUUGGCGUCCCUGAGUAAUAAAUAUAUGGUUCUACCGUUAUGUGAACACAUUAAAAAAUUGGUUGAAAAGAAACAUGGAACUUUCCUUACAGCUUUAGAGUUUUCGAAGGUUAUUGAGAAUCCGUUCUUUGAAAAUCAGAAGGCCAUUAUCGAACAUAUUCAAUUUAAAUGGGAAAGAAAUGAAUAUUUGCAAUCAUGUACAAUUUUUGAUAUAUCUGCAGCAAGUUUUGUAUUACUUGUGGAAAAGUUUUUCGAAACAAGAAGUAUAGAGAAUAAAUUUGCUAUGAUUGAGAAUUACAUAGAGAAAAAUUGUAUAUCAGAAAAAACGUGUGAUGAUCAGACAGGCGGAACUAAAUUUCUAAAUGGAACGGAUAAAAUUAUUGCAGAUCGCCUACUGUUACUAGUUGACCUAGAAAAAAUGACUGCUCAACAGUUUUGCUCAGGGCCACUGAAGUCCUCCGUUAUAAACGUGCACAAAAAGUUGGAUGUAUUAGCUAAAAUUGGCAGAAGGGUCAUUGAAGAGGCGUCUAAAAUAAAAAUUGAAAAUCCUCCUGAAGUAUAUGUGGCACCCAUUCCAAAAAGAAUACACACAAUAUUCCGUGAUCCUAAAUACGAAAGAAAUUAAUUAAAGAAAGAAAGUGUGAAAAAUCAAUAAAAUAAUUAAAAUGAAA